GGCAUACUCAGCCACACCUCUCCCUCCCUCUAACUAAGGAAGUACCUCUUAACGCGCGACGCGUGAACCCUCCUCACUUUUCAGCCUUCUCAAUGCGACAGCUCCACUACCUCAGCCGCGCAUCUUGCAAGCUCUCCUCCGUCUGCACGCAGCUCAUCAGCGCUCAUCCACUUCGCCGAACGUCAACUUCCCGUCUCGAUAUCACAUUUUAAAGUCGUAAGAACCCCGGGCACGCACACAUUACCACGAUGGCGCCGACACAGGCUGCAGAGCGCGACCUUGACGUCGAAAUGGCCCACGAAGAAGAAGAUGACCAAGGCGAACGCCUCAUCAAUGAAGAAUACAAGACGUGGAAGAAGAACAGUCCCUUCUUGUACGACAUGAUCUUAGGAACGGCUCUGACCUGGCCUACCCUCACUGUCCAGUGGUUCCCCGAUGUCAAGGAGCCUGAGGGCAAGAAUUACCAAGUUCACCGACUACUCCUCGGCACCCACACGUCCGAUGAGAGCCCCAACUUUGUCCAGAUUGCCGACGUUCAGAUCCCUAAGGCUGUGGCGCCGAAUCCCGACCACUACGAUGAGGAGCGCGGCGAGAUUGGCGGAUACGGAAAAUCUGGAGACGUGGCCGCCAUCAAGUGCGACAUUGUCCAGAAGAUCGAGCACCCUGGCGAGGUCAACAAGGCCCGGUACCAGCCCCAGAACCCCGACAUCAUUGCCACACUCUGUGUCGACGGCAAGAUCCUCAUCUUUGACCGAACAAAGCACCCCCUUCAGCCCACCUCCCUUGGCAAAGUCAACGCUCAGAUUGAGCUCGUUGGCCACAAGGCAGAGGGCUUCGGUCUCAACUGGAACCCUCAUGAGGCUGGAUGCCUUGCUUCGGGUAGUGAGGAUAAAACUAUGUGCCUCUGGGACCUGAAAACACUCGAGGCGGAGUCGAGAAUUCUCAAGCCUGCCCGCAGAUACACCCACCAUACCCAGAUCGUCAACGACGUUCAAUACCACCCCAUAUCCAAGAACUUUAUCGGUUCCGUGUCAGAUGAUCAGACUCUACAGAUUGUCGAUGUGCGCCACAGCGAAACUGGCAAGGCCGCUGUGGUCGCUAGACGUGGUCACCUGGAUGCUAUCAAUGCUCUCGCCUUCAACCCCAACUCGGAGGUGCUCGUCGCCACCGCUUCGGCCGACAAGACGAUUGGUAUUUGGGAUCUGCGCAAUGUUAAGGAGAAGGUUCACACUCUGGAGGGACACAUGGAUGCUGUGACAUCCCUGGCGUGGCACCCCACUGAGGCUGGCAUUCUGGGUAGCGCCAGCUACGACAGGAGAAUCAUUUUCUGGGAUCUCUCCCGUGUGGGCGAAGAGCAGCUGCCUGACGACCAAGACGAUGGAGUCCCUGAACUCCUGUUCAUGCACGGUGGUCACACAAACCACCUCGCAGACUUUAGCUGGAACCCCAGUGAGCCCUGGCUCGUUGCAAGUGCAGCUGAGGACAACUUGCUGCAAAUCUGGAAGGUUGGAGAGUCCAUUGUGGGCAAGGACGACGGCGACCUGCCUGUCGAUGAGCUCGACCGAUAGAUGAGGUGGAAGUUCGUAGAGAAGAGUCGGUCUUCAUAGGAUGAGGAGACGCAGCAGCUCUGGCAGCUCUGGCAACAAAAUAGUGAGUUGCCAUUGACGACGAGAAGCAAGUCACCUAAGGUAGCUGAAGACAGAUGUGAAGUAACCCAGGGCGACGAGAUGAAGAACAACAAAAGACGGCAAACGUCCCUUUCACUUACCCCUUCACUUGCAAACAGCCCGAGGCCGGUGCCUAGGAUACUGGCGUUUUCCCUGUGAACAAUGUGAUGCUCACGUGCGCCAACUGUCAAGUUUCGUUUGACAGCUGGCGAGCGAUGUGUGAUUCACGGACAAAUUCUCCGAUUUCGGCUGUGCCCCAAAACAUAAUCCCUUUCUCACCUUCGCCAACUCGCUGUCUGUUGAUCUCC